CAGAGCGGCUGUCGUUUCAGCAGGGCGCCUCAGAGCAGGGCUGGCAGUGGGAGCAGCCGGCUAUCAUAGCGCUAGCUGAAAGCCAGUCUGCGGCUUCUGUUCCUGACGAGCCGAGCUGCGCCCAGAAACAAGGCACCAGCGGUGCUCCAUAGUUGUCCUGGAGAACAGGGGUUCCUCCCUGUCGGUCACAACAAAAUCCUCUUUGAACUGGACCUCCAUCUCUGUGGAGAAAAUAGAUAAACGGUGGACGGAAAGGCAUCGUCUAGUUUGUCACCAUGUUUAAUCUGAUGAAAAAGGACAAGGAGAGGGAAGGGAGUAAAAAGGACAAGAAGGAUAAGAAGGAAAGGAUGUCUGCAGCUGAGCUGCGCAGCCUGGAAGAGAUGAGCAUGCGGCGUGGCUUCUUCAACCUGAAGAGGGAGUCCAAGCGUGAGUCCAAGAACAAACUGGAGAUCUCCAACCCCAUUCCCAUCAAAGUGGCCAGCAGCAACGAGCUCACCCUCACUGACAUAGAAUCGGAUGGCCUGAGCAACCGCAGCAGCAUGGUUUUCGAUGAUCAGCUCAGCGCCGCCAGCUCCACCGAUGACCUGAAGGGGGAGGGCGGAGAAGGACCGGAUGGACGUCGUGGCUCAGUACGGGAUCGCGUUGCUCACUUCGGUUCCCUCGCCAAGACCAACUCCUCUCAGAUGAUGAAACGCUUCUCUUUCUCCCAAAAGAGUAAAGAAGAGAGCCCUUCAGAGAGCUCCACCCCCUCGGGCCAGAACUCUGCUGCCCCGUCCCCGCAGGUGGAGAGCAAAGUCUUCAGCAUGCUCCGCAAACACAGCCUGAGGCAGCAGCCUGAAGCGGCACCUGAAGCUGCACCUGAGCCCAAAAAAGUCUACAUCCCUGAUGUGGUCGACAAGACCUUCCCUGCUCAACUUCAGCUGCCGGCUGUGGUCGCGCCGAGCGCACCAGAGAUCCGCGAGCUGGAGCUCCAACGCCGCAACACUGGUGACUUUGGGUUUUCUUUGCGUCGCACCACCAUGCUGGACCACAGUCCCGACGGAGGAGUGUACCGGCGUGUGGUCCACUUUGCAGAGCCCGGCGCCGGCACCAAGGACCUGGCGCUCGGGCUGGUGCCUGGCGACAGGCUGGUGGAGAUAAACGGACGCAACGUGGAGAACAAGAGCCGGGAUGAGAUAGUGGAGAUGAUCCGUCAGUCGGGGGACACGGUGAGGCUGAAGGUGCAGGCCAUCCUGGAGCUGAGCGAGCUGAGCCGCUGCUGGCUGAGGAACACCGAGGGGCUGCGCAGGGAGGCCCGACAUGGAUCAGUGGAAGAGGACCCUGUGGCCAUCCUUCAGGCAUCUCAUGCUGCAGCCCAGCAGUCCCAGGUGAAGACAGAGGAGCAGAUUGCAGCCGAGCAGGCCUGGUAUGGAUCAGAGAAAGUCUGGCUGGUCCACAAAGAUGGUUUCUCCCUGGCCACCGUGAUCAAGACAGAAGCUGGCUAUCUGCCAGAGGGCAAGGUGAAAAUCAAACUGGAGCAUGAUGGGACAUUACUGGAAGUUGACGAAGAUGACAUAGAAAAGGCCAACCCUCCAUCAUACAACCGCUCAGAGGACCUGGCCUCAAUGCUCUAUCUCAAUGAGUCCAGUGUGAUGAACUGCCUGAGGCAGCGCUACGGGGGCAACCUCAACCACACCUACGCCGGACCCAACAUGGUGGUCAUCAACCCCCUGAGCACACCCUCCAUGUAUUCCGAGAAGGUGAUGCACAUGUUUAAAGGCUGUCGGCGCGAGGACUCUGCACCUCAUAUCUACUCCGUGGCCCAGUCUGCCUACCGAAACCUGCUCACCACCCGGCAGGAUCAGUCCAUCGUGCUGCUGGGCAAGUCAGGCAGUGGCAAGACCACCAACUGCCAGCACCUGGUGCAGUACCUGGUCUCCAUCGCCGGCAGCACAGGCAAAAUCUUCUCUGCUGAGAAGUGGCAAGCGGUCUACACCAUCCUGGAGGCUUUUGGCAACAGCUCCACCUCUAUGAACACCAACGCCAGUCGCUUCUCCCACGUGGUGUCCCUCGACUUCGACCAGGCUGGGCAGGUGGCCUCCGCCUCCAUCCAGACCAUGCUGCUGGAGAAACUGAGGGUGAGCAAACGACCCGAGGCCGAGUCCACCUUCAACGUCUUUUACUACAUGAUGGCCGGAGCCGACACCAGCCUGAGGACGGAGCUGCACUUCAACCACCUGGCUGAGAACAGUGCCUUUGGGAUCCUCCCGCAAUCUAAGCCUGAAGACAAGCAGCGAGCCUCGCAGCAGUUCACCAAGCUGCAGGCGGCCAUGAAGGUGCUGGGCAUCUCUGGGGAAGAGCAGAAGGCCCUCUGGCUCAUCCUGGGGGCCGUUUACCACUUAGGGGCCGCAGGAGCUACUAAAGACGGAGAUGAAGCUGGACGUAGGCAGUUUGCCAGACAUGAAUGGGCCCAGAAAGCAGCCUACCUGCUGGGCUGCACCUUGGAGGAGCUGUCCUCAUCCAUCUUUAAGCACCAGGCUAAAGGACUGCAGCACUCCACCUCAUUCAGAGGAAAAGCGGACGAAGGAGGCCCGGGCGACAACUCAGGUUCUAAGGUCACCGCUCUCGAGUGUUUGGAAGCCAUGGCAUCAGGACUCUACUCUGAGCUCUUCACCCUCGUCAUCUCCCUGAUCAACAGGGCUCUGAAGUCCAGUCAGCACUCUCUGUGCUCCCUGCUCAUCGUGGACACUCCGGGUUUCCAGAACCCUCGGAUCGCUCAGCAGCAGCGAGGCGCCACGUUCGAGGAGCUCUGCCACAACUACACCCAGGAGAGGCUGCAGACCCUGUUCCACGAACGCACCUUCGUCCAGGAGAUGGAGAGAUACAAGGAGGAAAACAUAGAGCUUGCUUUAGAUGACAUAGAGUCCAGUACCUCACUGUCUGUAGCGGCUAUUGACCAAGCCUCGACCCAAGCUCUGGUGCGCACUCUGGCCAGGACGGAUGAGGCUCGAGGCCUUCUGUGGCUGAUGGAGGAGGAGGCGGUUCAGCCCGGAGGUACAGAGGAAACCAUGCUGGAGAGACUCUUCAGCUACUACGGCUCUGUGCAGGGAGACAACAAGGGAGCCAGUCUGCUGCUGCGAGGAGAGAAGCCUCACCUCUUCCUGUUAGGCCACAGCCACGGGACGGACUGGGUGGAGUACAACGCUCAGGGCUGGCUAAGCCAUGCCAAGCACAACCCUGCGGCCCAGAAUGCCGCCGCGCUGCUGCAGGACUCACAGAAGAAGAACAUCAGCGGGCUGUUUAUGGGCCGGGCCAGUGGGGCAACGGUGUUGUCCGGGUCCAUCGCCGGUCUGGAAGGCAGCUCCCAACUCGCCCUCCGAAGGGCCACCAGCAUGAGGAAGACCUUCACCACGGGUGUGGCUGCGGUCAAGAAGAAGAGCCUGUGCAUCCAGGUCAAACUCCAAGUGGACGCUUUGAUCGACAUGGUGCGUCGCUCCAGGGUUCACUUCGUCCACUGCCUGCUGCCCAAAGCCGAGGCGGUGGGUGGUGGAGGUGAGCCCCGCGUGACGCAUGGAGAGAGCCCCGACUCAGGCCUCAUGACUCUGGACGGGCCUCUGAGAGCUCAGCUCCGAGGAUCCAAGCUCCUGGAUGCUCUGCGCAUCUACAGGCAAGGGUACCCGGACCACAUGGUCUUCUCUGAGUUCCGCCGGCGCUUUGAUGUCCUGGCACCUCAUCUGACCAAGAAGCACGGCCGCCACUACAUCGUAACAGACGAGAAGAGGGCGGUGGAGGAGCUGCUGGAGUCCUUGGAGCUGGAGAAGAGUAGCCACCACAUGGGGUUGAGCCGGGUGUUCUUCAGAGCGGGGACCCUGUCCAGGCUGGAGGAGCAGCGGGACGUCCAGACCAGGAGGAACAUCUCUCUGUUUCAGGCCGCCUGCAGGGGAUACCUGGCCAGACAGGCCUUCAAGAAGAGGAAGAUCCAGAAUCUGGCCAUCCGCUGCAUCCAGAAGAACAUCAAGAAGAACCGUGGUGUCAAAGGCUGGCCAUGGUGGAAGCUCUUCACCACCGUCAGACCUCUGAUAGAGGUGCAGCUCACUGAGGAGCAGAUCCGCGGCAAGGAUGAAGAGAUCCAGCAGCUGAAGCAGAAGCUGGAGAAGGUGGAGAAGGAGAGGAACGAGCUGAGGCUCAGCAGCGACCGUCUUGAGAGCAGGAUCACAGAGCUGUCAUCAGAGCUCGCUGAUGAGAGGAACACCGGGGAGUCCGCUUCCCAGAUGCUGGAGAGUGAAACUUCUGAGAGACUCCGCCUGGAGAAGGACAUGAACGACCUGCAGGCAAAGUUUGACAGCACGAACAAACAGAUGGAGUCCAUGGAGAUGGAGGUGAUGGAGGCUCGACUCAUCAGGGCGUCUGAACUCAACGGAGAGAUGGACGAUGACGAUACAGGGGGAGAGUGGAGGCUGAAGUACGAGCGAGCCAUCAGGGAGAUUGAAUUCACCAAGAAGAGACUGCAGCAGGAGUUCGAGGACAAGCUGGAGGUGGAGCAGCAGAACAAACGGCAGCUGGAGAGGAGGAUCAGCGACCUGCAGGCCGACAACGAGGAGUCCCAGAGGAACAUCCAGCAGCUGAAGAAGAAAACCCAACGCAUGACGUCUGAGCUGCAGGACACCAAACUCCACCUGGAGGGCCAGCAGAGCCGCAACCACGACCUGGAGAAGAAGCAGAGGAAGUUCGACAGUGAGCUUAGCGGUGCCCAGGAGGAGGCGCAGAGGGAGAGGACCCUGAGGGAGAAGCUGGCCCGGGAGAAGGACAUGCUGGCAGGAGACGCCUUCAGCCUCCGUCAGCAGCUGGAGGACAAGGACCUGGAGGUGUGUGCUGCCAGCCUGAAGCUGGAGACGCUUGAGGCCGAGCUGCAAGACCUCAACUCCCAGGAGUCCAAGGACGAGGCCUCACUGGCCAAGGUGAAGAAGCAGCUGCGCGACAUGGAGGCUAAGCUGAAGGACCAGGAGGAGGAGCUGGACGAGCAGGCCGGCAACAUCCAGAUGUUGGAGCAGGCCAAGCUUCGUCUGGAGAUGGAGACGGAGCGCCUGCGUCAGACUCAUUCCAAGGAGGUGGAGAGCAAAGACGACGAGGUGGAGGAGAUCAGACAGUCCUGCAGCAAGAAGCUGAAGCAAAUGGAAGUCCAGCUUGAAGAGGAGUACGAUGAGAAGCAGAAGGUGCUGAAGGAGAAGAGGGAGCUGGAGUCCAAGAUGCUGUCCGCUCAGGACAGGGUGAGAGGAGGGGACAUCGAGACUGAAAAGCGUUUGAGGAAGGACCUGAAGAGAACCAAGGCUCUGCUGGCUGACGCUCAGAUCAUGCUGGACCACAUCAAGAACAACGCGCCCAGCAAGAGGGAGAUCGCCCAGCUCAAGAACCAGCUCGAGGAGUCUGAGUUCACGUGUGCGUCCGCAGUUAAAGCUCGUAAGUCCAUGGAGGUGGAGAUUGAGGAUCUGCACGUUCAGAUGGAGGACAUCUCCAAAACAAAGCAGGCGCUGGAGGAGCAGCUGAGCCGCCUGCAGAGAGAGAAGAACGACCUGCAGUCCAGGAUGGAGGAGGACCAGGAGGACAUGAACGAGCUGAUGAAGAAACACAAGGCUGCUGUGGCCCAGUCGGCCCAGAACCUGGCUCAGAUCAGUGACCUACAAGCCCAGCUGGAGGAGGCCCUCAAGGAGAAGCAGGAGGUUCAGGAGAAGCUGCAAGGACUCCAGAGCCAGCUGGAGUUCCAGGAGCAGUCCAUGGUGGAGAAAUCUCUUGUCAGCCGGCAGGAGGCUAAGAUCCGCGAGCUGGAGACCAAGUUGGACUUUGAGAAAACCCAAGUCAAACGGCUGGAGAGCCUUGUAGCUCGCCUCAAGGAGAACUUGGAGAAAUUGACCGAGGAGCGAGACCUGCGCAGCAGCGGUGAGAUCCGAGAGAAGGAACAAAACAAACGGCUGCAGAGACAGAUCCGCGACAACAAGGAGGAGACGAUCGAACUGGCCAAGAAGGAAUCUGAGGCCAGCCGCAAAAAACACGAGCUGGAAAUGGACAUCGAGAGCUUGGAGGCUGCUAAUCAGAGCCUGCAGGCAGACCUUAAGCUGGCCUUCAAAAGGAUCGGUGACCUGCAGGCAGCCAUCGAGGACGAGAUGGAGAGUGACGACAAUGAAGACCUCAUCAACAGUUUGCAAGACAUGGUGACAAAGUAUCAGAAAAGACAGAACAGAGCUCAGGGGGAUUCAGACACAGACUCUGAGGUGGAGGACCGUGUAGACGGGGUGAAGUCAUGGUUGUCUAAAAACAAAGGAUCCGCCAAAAACCUCUCAGAUGACGGCAGCCUCAAGAGCUCCAGAUAUGCCUCAAAUGUAGACGCAAAGGAAGGGAAAGAGUGGAAAGAGGGUAAGGAAUGGAAAGAAGCCAAUAAAGAAGGCAAAGAGGUAGAGUCGAGCAGGCCUAUGUCAGUGAUGAGCUCGCUCAGCUACAGAAAACGCUCCAACAUUGAUUCCAUCGGGGGCAAAGGGGAAGCCCUCUUCAGUGCCCUCAGGGAGAAUGCAGACUCAGAAGACGCUUUCCAUAAGGGUAAACCUAAGAACUCAGAUCUUCAGCAUGACUCAAUGAACUCCAGGCGGAAGUCCCAGGCAGAGGAUACACUGAAGGACAGAGAUUCGGUCAUCUCACAGGCCUAUUCAGAGGCCAACAGCCGAGCCAGGAAAGGCAUGGAUAGCCGCUGGGGGGACUUUGACAAAGAAUCAGUCGUUUCAUACGCUGCACCAAGUCGGGCCUCAACGCGUCUUGGAUUGAGCCCCGAGAAUGACGCCAAGUCCACCAUCAGCUUAGGUCUAUCAAGCCCACUGGGACGUCACCAAAGCACCUCGCGCUUAGAUGAGAGCAGAGGCGGGCGCUCAACUUAUGGUAGCAGUCCCAGCAGCCCUUGCUUUAGCCGACGGACCGGCGGUCGAAGCCCUGGGAGCGUAAGCCGAGCUGAAUCCCACAUGUCCCUGGCACGCAGCUGCCGCCUGAGCGAGUUUGAUGUUGAUAUUGACGAUAGCAGAAGCGUGGCGUUUACCGAGAGAUCAGCAUACAGUCCUCACUCGUCCACUGGCCGCAGUGUCUCUAUGCCUCCACCACAGGCCAGACCAUCAACUACCGAUAAUGACCCAAAUGAUAUCUUAGAUAUCAAACCAGUCAGUCAUCGUAAUUAUCUUGACCCUGACCUGGAGAAAGCCAUCAACGAGGUUCUGAGUUUCAAGCCUAUCAAGUUUAAGCGUACGAGCUUAGAAGACUCUGAGGCUGACGAAGACAAAUCCAGGAAUGAUAAAGAGGACAGCAAAAGUAUCCGCAACGGAGACGUUGGUCGCCCUGCCAGCAGUCUAAGGCGUUCUGCCUCAGCAGUGGACUGCACAAGGGCUCCCCGCAGCGGCACCAGCUGCAGCACUCGCCACCGCAGCAAGAGCAAAGGCAAGAGCAAGAAAAAGAAGAGAAGCCACAGCUCAGAGUCCGAGAGCUCAGGAGACGACCGUCGCCACAGGAGCAGCUCCAGGAGCAGCUCCAAGAGUAAGUCCAAGAAGUCGAAGAAAAAGUCCAAGAAGAGGGCAGAAACUUCGUCGUCUUCCUCAUCGUCUUCGUCUUCAGAUUCUGAAUCGGACUCGGAGUCGAGUUCCGGAGCUUCCACCAUUUCCUACCGUAGCUCCAACAGUGUGAAGAGGGCCCCGGUACGAAAGGCUUCCAGCCCAGAAGAGGAAGAAGCAGAAGAAGCUAGGCCACCAAGUGAGGGCCUUAACAAAAAGGAUGAAAAGAAGAGAAAAAAGAGGGUGGACAACCUGAUGUUGAAGUACCUGUACCGGCCGGACAGUGACUGAGGCAGGCACACCGCUGGCCGAAAAUACUACUACUUCGAUAGGUCUGAUGAAGAGGAGGAAGAAGAAGAAAAAGAAGGCGGCGGGGCGACCCAGGGCUCUUACUCCCGUUACAAAUACAGCAGCCAAAUGAAAGAGGACGACGGCGAGGACAGGCCUUACGAGACCUCGUCGUAGUCCUCGCUUUCAGCACCCCACCUCUGAACGCACCCCCCCUUCGCACUGUGACAGUUUGUCUUGCAUGCAAAGUUGACCACGAUUGCGGUCGCAACCACACACUAAAUAACACUCACAGAGCUUCCUACAGUAUGGCAGAUCCUCCCGGGAUUGGUCAUAGUUUGACAAACUCUCAUCAGUCUCUGUUCAGUGCACACACAGCAGCUCCGUUAUUCACCACUCCACUUCGCCGGUCGCAUGCAGGCAGCAGUAGCUCGGCUGUAUGGUUGUAAGUGAGCCAAAGAACUUGAGGUUGAAAUGAUAAUCUUUGUCUCUUUCACGCUUCCUCUCUUCUUAACAUAUAUUACACCACAAUAAUAUGUAUUGCCAUAGUACAAUGUAUUGCCAAAAAGCCUUUGUUUCAGUACGUGAGCACACUGUUUUACUUAUUGCCAAUUGAGUCCUGAGAAAAGUCCCAGCAGCCUUUUUUUCCCCUCCUCGAUCUUAUUUCCAUUUCGAGUUUCAAGUGCCAUCUGAUGUUAGUGUUCUCCUCCGCAGCUGUGGCAUCUCAUUCACUGCUGCACUGUAUGCUCUCAUCAUCUGCUCACUAUCUGUUUGCCUGAGAAAGUUGUUCUGCCUUUUUGCUGGUAAAUGAUCUCAUCCUCAAAGGGGAGGACGAUAGCGACACUAACUGUUCUGCUAUAAAAGCAUUUGAAUAUUUUUUGUGAUGUUUGAUAGAUUUGUUUGCAGAGGACCGCCGUAGAUCAAAUUAUUUUCCAUGAUGUUUGAGCUUACCUCUGCAAAAAACCUUGCCUUACUUUGAAUUCGACUUGAUUUUACUAAAUAAUUUCCAGAGUUUGUGGGUUUGUCCUUGUGCUUGUCUUUUUACGUGUCGUCUGUGUUUUGAGUUCACGCAGCUUUCCUUUUCCACUGGGAAUGUACCUGACUUUGGGCACCAGUCAUUUGUAUGGUUUCCUCAACCAGCAUGUUCUAGGAAGUAACUGGUGUUAUUCUAUAUUUGUCUUAUAGUCAACAGAUGACAUGGGAGGACCAAAACCAACAAUGUCUUUCGUGGACCUUUAGUAUUUGUGACUCAAUGUUCUGAGCGCAAAGGUCCUGCAACGUCUUUUUGUCAUUUCAACCAUCAUCACUACUCUUAGCCCAAAGCUAUUUGGUUCCUUUCCUUUAAAGGCUUACACAAAUACAUUGGGAUUUUCAAAAAGGUUCAGUCAUUUCCUAAAUUGCUAGCCACUGUAGUUUUAAACUGACUGACACAAUGCUAGUAAAUGAUAACAGCUCAACUAGCUUGUUUGCUAACUGGACAAUAACAUUUUUCACAUUUUAUACUGGACAUAGAUGUCCUAAAUGGCCAGCCACUGUAGUUUUAAAGCAACUGGGAAGCUUAUUAAUAAUAAUGGUUGAACUAGCUUGUUUGCUAACUGGACAAUAUUCACAUUUGAUUCAGGACUAAUAGUCUUUUCCAAAAAUAUAAUUCAAGCAAUUUUCAACUAACACCUAGUACAACCUUUCCCUCCAUAGUGUGUAAUCCACAUUCUUCUACUCUUUGCCUCUCAGUUAGUUUAGUUUCAUGAUAAUUCAUCAAGUACUGUUAAGUAGUUUUCUGAAUUUGGCGCUAGCAGCUAGAACAUUAGCCUAGCUUACAGAUAAGUCGGCAGGCCCUACAAUAGGCCAGAGUGAUGUCAUUUAAACAUCAUUACAUAUACCAUUAUCACAUUUCUUUACAAUGUGCACUGAUUCUGAAUAAGUGUCAGCCCUCCCAGCCUCUUAUGAUAGCUUUUGCCAGCAGCUUGUGAUAUUGCUGCUAAAUGGAGGAAAUUGGGCUGUAAGAAUUGACCAAAGUUAGAUGUAAAUCAUCCUCUAAUUUCAGUGUUUCCAUUGACAUUAACUGAUCUUUCAUUGUAUUUUCAUGAUAAUAUAAGACAACUGUUGAAUAUCACCAGUCCUCUCCUUCAAGCCUCAUUGUGUACAUUACUUCAAUAACUGGACACCUUUGCAACCCAUAAUGUGAAAUCAUGUUCAGUGUCGAUGAGGCCUGCUUAUUUGUCAGGUUUUCUUUUUUUUAACCCAAUGAUGCCUCGAAACAGCAAGAGAAUAGGAACCUGCAAUUUCAUGGCUGCUAAAGUGUUACAUCCCAAGCUUUAUUCAUCUGUCUGGUUUUUGAGGAGCAUUUAAGUAUUUGCGAAACCUUUUAAAGUCCAGGAGAGCUUGACGUGGCAUUUGGGGCUGAAAAAAAAAAAUGUGUGGAUGUUGUUCAUCGUGGGAGAAGUUGUUAUUCAACUAUACAUGCUUUUUUCUUAUACUCAUGUCUUCAUUUUAUUCUCUAUGCAGACAACACAAGUGUGGAAAUGUGUUUUUGAUCUUAUUGAUAAAAGUUUCUCGCUUCAACAGAAAACAAAACAAAAGCGCCGGCAUAAUAUUGCUGACUGCACACCGUAUUUAUAUAUAAAUAUGUGUAUGAUUGAUGCUAGCUUUGAAAAUAGUCCAUGUUUAUUUUCAUUAUUGAACAAAUUGACCACUUGUUAUACAUUUUGCAUUACAGUUUAAUAUAUUGUAAAUAAAUGAUGGUGAUUGUUUUAAAAUGCA